GUCAUGCAUCUGUUUUAAUUUAUUCAUAAACACGAUAACUUUUUAUAUUCUUCAGUAAUGCACAACCACCACACAUUACCCAAAACAAAUGGACGACCAUUAUCGCAGUUGUGUUGAACUUAAUUUAUAAUCGAGUAUAUUCGUAUGUAGGCACCCAUAAGACACAUAGCUGCUCACUAACAAAGAGCAGAUUGCCUGGAAAGGAGCCCAAUGUUUGAUCUACGAGAAAGGUUUCUUGAAAAAUGACAAUUGUUUUAAAUCUGCAUUUCUCUUUUCUUUUAUACCCUUUCUCUUGACUCACAGUUUCUAAAGAAAAAAACACAAAACUUACUAACACAAAUCAUAGUUAUAAAACAUGUAAGAAACUCGGUAAGCAGAUGAAUCGACCGGAGAGAUUUAAAUCUCGCUCGCGACCACCGGCCAGAUAGCUUCUAACUCUAUCUAGCUACAGCCGAAUUGGCCAAUUCAAGAAUAAGGGCAUAGUUAACCCCUUCUCUUGGUACAAUGUAGCCACACAAACAAUAGAGGGAUACAAAUGUCUUUUCGAUAUAUGUCUCAUGAAUAACAGUUUAGAAAUAACAGGAGGCGAAUGACAGGACCAAAACUAAAAUGUAAGAAACUCGGUAAGCAGAUGAAUCGACCGGAGAGAUUAGAAUCUCUCUCGCGACCACCGGCCAGAUAGCUUCUGAAUUGAUCUAGCUACAGCCGUAUUGGCCAAUUCAAGAAUAAAGGGUAUUGUCGAAACCCCUUCUCUUGGUACAAUGUAGCACCCCCCCAAUUAUAUAACUCAACACGCGAACAAACGUUAAUUUGAAUCAGAUAGAUGUGCGAACCCUAGUACUAGGCGGCGUGAAGAAGAGAUGAUGACAAUGAAAGAUUGUUAAUAUAGGAUAAAACAUCAGGGAUAUAAAGGUCUUUUCGAGUUAGCUCUAUCUCUGGAGGCGCCGCUAUUAGGUCAAGACUAGCAGAGAUCCUCUGGGUGAGAAAGAGUCUUUCGUAGGUUUACAGUUAGCAUUACAAUAACGAAAACCCUCUAGCCAAGACAGAGUCUUCUUCUCUUCCCAAUAAGAUCGGGGGUUAUAGCAAAACUUGAGAUCUGAAAGAGAGAGAGAGAGCCUUCUUUUUCUUUGUUCUUACGGAGGAAAGAGACGAAACAUUAGUUUUUUUUUUUUUAAAUUCAUUUAUUAAUCUGUAAAAUAAAAAUUCAAAAGCGGGAUCGUGAUUUGAAUUUAGGAAUUGGAUCAGCGAGUCGUUAAGUAUGGAAGGAGUAGGAGCUCGGUUAGGUAGGUCCUCGACUCGUUACGGAGGACCGGCAACGGUAUUCACGGGUCCGGUUAGGAAGUGGAAGAAGAAGUGGGUUCACGUCUCUCCCUCCUCCAAGAAACAUACCUCCUCCGUCGUUAACGGUGGGUCCGCUUCCGAUGGAUCGCACUUGUUGUUCUUCAAGUGGGCUCCAUUGUCUCAGGGCGGCAGCGGGAACGAAGAUGGCAAAAGCGAGAGUAAUUCUCCCAGCGAAGAGCCUGUGACGGCGACGGAGGCAGAAGAAGAGCCUCCGCGCCGCAGAUUCAAAUACGUGCCGAUCGCAGUGCUUGAGGAGCAGAAGAAGGAAGCUACAGAGACUGAGGAAGACGACAAGGUUGAAGAGGAUGAGGCAAGUGCAGUGGAGCCAAGCGAGAAGAAGAUUGAGGAAAAACCAGACAUGAAUGAUGUUCCCAUGGAAGAUAAUCAGGAGGAAGAUAAAAUAGUGCGACAAGAUCUCAACGAAAGCACUGCCGAUGUAGAUGCGGAUUCUGAAAACAAUCCGAAAGGGGGCGAGCCAGUAUAAGAGUCAUAAACUGGCCAUUGCAUACCCCGUAACUCAGGGUUUGGCUUUAUCGUAUUCCUUAACUUUCACUGUCGUCAUGAACAAGAGACAAUACGGUGAGAAGAAAGCAUUUGUUUGAGAUGGUCUGUGUACGUCCAUGGCUUCUUCCUUUCCUUCUUUGAUGACUAGACUCCAUUUAUUCGGAACUAAACAUUCAAUUUACAGAGGAUUCUUGGUCUUUUUGUUUUGAUUUUUAAUCUGAUUAAGCAUUUUAAUUA